AUGGAAUCGUCUUUCCAGGACAGCCCUACCAUUGGGAGGACACAGGUGCUUUCGCUGGCUGGCACCCAGGACUACACGGCAAACAGCCCACUGUCAGCGCCGUCACCAGCGGCGAGCUCGAGUCCCGGCCCAACACGCGCAGGUUUCCCAUCGCCAAUCCAGGCCUCGUUUCCUUCCGCUGCUGUCCCACGCAUUGUAACCACGGCAGCCCCCGAAGACGGCUAUUCGCAUGAGUCCGAGAAAACAUAUUACAACAGCGACUCUUCGGGUACUGCCACUCCUGAGGAGAGAAGUCCAGGGUGUCCUUCUAGAGACCCCCCUAUAGGCCAGUCAUCGACCAUGGCUGGCCAGUCGAGCGUUCGGGCAGAGCCCGCUAAGAGUGCGCCGAGGAAUUCUUCGAUGGAUUCGGCCAUUUCUGCAAUUUCGUCGAGGUCCACCCCUAAUACUUCUUCUCGCGACAGUGGUGUGGGAACGACGGACAUCGCACACCUAAUAAAGACGGCCGGCAGCGCCGAGGCGGUCAUUCAGUAUCUACUAAAAGACAAGCAGUCGCAGUCCCAACAGAAUGCUCAGUUGUGGAGGCUAGUCGAUAAGCAGCGAGCCAUGAUUUUAGGACUUAAUAAGGAUCUCGAAAGAGCACUGAAGGAUAAGGAGAAGUACCGCAAAAAGCUGAAAGAGAUUAUGGAAGGGUCCGAUACGCAUCCGGUCGCCGCUCCAUCCGCAUCCGGCACUCAAGGAACGCCGAGCGAGCACGCACUGGACCAAUUCGACCAUGAAGCGCAGGAGAGGGAAGCCGAGCAAGCAGCGAGAAAAGCAGAGGAAACCAAAGGUCUCCAUAUCAAUAUGGAUAUCCCGCCCUCUCGCAGCACAUCUCGCAACCCGCCGCAGAUCCCGCCGCCUCAGCCACCCGUUGGCCCGCCUGACCGAUCGGAGAUACCUGACGAGGCUACCCUAAAUUUCCCUCCACCCCCUGCUCCUCCGCCGCGGAAACCUCCUCCAGCUCCUUUGCAUCUCAACAACGCGAAACCGAAGCAUUCGGCUACCCCAGAGGACGAACCUGAAACGGAUACCGACUACGACGAUAUCCUUGAGGUACAGGAGGUGUCUGAUGAAGACCGAAGAGGACGCCGAAGAACACGCGAAGAAGACGAGAAGGAACGUGAAAUACUGGCGAGGAAAGAAGCAGAAUUGCGCAGCCAAUCGAAGAAGAGCAAGAAAAGCAGCAGCCGGAAGAGUACUACCCAGGUAGAGGCGCCCUCAAGCGAGACGCCUGCCAGUCCCAGAGUGGUCCAGACUACGAUGUUGAUCCGGGAACACGCGUCUCUUGCCGGGGUUUUGAGCGGGGCUCCCGACGUUCGGCCACCUGCGCUGUUGAGCCCAGGACUCCCAUCAAGCCCGCGGCCAAUAGCGCUCAAGUCUCCAGUCAACUCCCCGCCGUUGUCCCCAUUAGGUGUUGCGAACUUCCCUGGCGUGCCAUUGUCGCCUCGGCCACCGCGCGUGCCUAUCCCGCUACCCCCUAACACUCCACUCCAGACACCUUCCCCGGCAAGAGAUCCCUUGGUGUUAACAUCUCCUAAGCCGUUGAAUAUAAUCAAGCAGGCCGACCAAGAUCACGCAACUCCUAGCCCUACCAAGUCGAGCACUGACAGCCCUGUCGAGAGGACAAAGAUCUACAAAGGCUUCGUUACCGAGGAGUAUCCUGACCUGCUGCUUCCGCCCAACGCGCUUCCGUCCAUCGAUAUCAAGGUCGCAUCAUCGCGCAUGAAGCCCUCAAGAGCCAGCCUGCUAUCUCUCACGCAACUGGAGGAGGAUCCCGUCUUUACUUUGGCAGUCUACUCGAGAGCAGACGGCGGCGAGCUAUGGCGAGUGGAAAAGGAUUCGGCAUCGCUAGCUAAGCUGGAUCAGCGGUUGAAACAGUGCCCCACAUUCACCGCAAAAACACCAGACAGGUCGCUUUUCAGCGGUCAUGCGCCCGCCAAACUCGACGCCCGGCGUGUCGCUCUGAAUCAGUAUCUGGACGAGCUGUUGAACACACCACUUGACAAUGCUACUGCCCUUGAACUCUGCAAAUAUCUGUCUACUGGCACGCUUCCGCCAAACGCAGAUGAGACGGGCAGUUCGACUGGCGAGUCGAGGCCAGAGUCACAAAGAGUGGGGCCAGGCGGGCGGCCAUUCCGCAGUGGCUACCUGACAAAACGCGGCAAAAACUUUGGCGGCUGGAAGGCUCGGUACUUCAUCCUCGAUGGGCCACUACUGAAAUACUAUGAGACGCCUGGCGGCGCGCAUCUGGGGACUAUCAAGCUUCAGAAAGCGCAAAUUGGGAAGCAGGCGCACCACGGCAAUGAAGGCUCACCGGCACAAAGCAGCGAGGACGGUGAUAACCAGUAUCGGCACGCGUUUUUGAUUCUAGAGCCCAAGAAGAAAGACCCCAAUAGCGUGACGAAACACGUAUUGUGUGCUGAAAGCGACAAGGAGCGCGAUCAGUGGGUUGCCGCUCUGCUUCGAUGGAUUGACUACAAGGAUCCGGACGAGGAGGAAUCCUCCAAGAAAGAUCACGGCCACGACCGGCACGGCGCUGGCGGUACCGAGAAAUCAAACGGCAAAAAGAAGUCGCACGGCCAGGGAAAGCAGCAGCAACAUGUCCAGCAGGCGAGUGGCGGUGAUGAGGCGCUGAUCGGGGUGAGCUACGAAGCCACGAAGCAAGGCGAUGCUCCUCAAGGUUUGCCAUCCAAGGCGAAGCAGCCGGGUCAGCAGGACCACGACUCGACUCACAGUCAGUCGACGACAUCGUCGUACACGAUCUCGGCACCUCGUGAUCCCCAGGUGAUUUCGAAUUCGGAUUCGUGGGGCAGCAAGCUGGGUACAGGUCUGGCUGCGCCGAGUCAUGAAGAGAAGAAGGCGAGGAAGCGUAGCUUUUUUGGUUUCGGCCCGAAGGCGAGGACAUCGAGCGACGGUCAGGACUCUCUCUUUGGAAGUGAGAGCGGCAGCGUACCAAACCAGUAUCACGGGCCGGUCCGACAGGUCUUUGGCGCAACACUGGCGGAAGCGGUCAAAUAUAACCCGCCAGUAGACGUCAAGGUACCGAUACCUUCUGUUGUCUACCGGUGUAUCCAAUAUCUUGAUGCGAAGAAUGCCAUCUUUGAGGAGGGCAUUUUCCGUCUGAGCGGGUCAAACCUGAUCAUCAAGCAGCUUAGAGAACGGUUCAACAAUGAGGGCGACAUCAACCUUCUCACGGAUGAGCAGUACUACGACAUUCACGCAAUUGCUUCCCUGCUCAAGAUGUACCUCCGCGAGUUGCCGAGCACAAUCCUGACCAACGAUUUGCGCACGCAGUUUAUCGCUGUCACAGAGAUGACGAACCAAAAGGAGAAGAUGGCGGCUUAUGCCGAGCUUGUGGAGCGGCUUCCGCAGGCCAACAGUGCGCUGCUCAAGUAUCUGAUUGCAUUCUUGAUCAAGAUCAUCGACCACUCGGAUGUCAACAAGAUGACGGUGCGCAACGUUGGCAUUGUCUUCUCGCCGACGCUCAAUAUCCCAGCGCCCGUGUUUGCAACAUUCCUGCAGAACUACGAAGCUAUAUUUGGGAUACAUCCGUCGGAGUAUGAGCUCCCCGUGACGGAGCCAGAGGGGCUGCAAGAGCGGCGACCCUCUCUCCCCGCAUCGUUCCAGGAACGACGGCCGUCGGAUGGGCGGCCCUCGACAUCGCACAGCGACUCUCCUCACAGGCAGCGCCUCAUGGAAUCCCUGGAAGGCAACCGGAGCACGCCGACUCCGCCGCCAAUGACAAUGCAACAGGUGGCGCAGAUGAAUGCGGCGUCGAUGCUCUCGAGGAGCACACCGACUCCGCCACCACAGCGGCCAAUGAACCACGACUCGCCAAUGAUGCGGCCGGCGUACGAGAGCGGAUUCGUCGUCUCCCAGGGGUAUGAUCCGAGCCAGAUGGCAGGUGGCAGACCUGGUCCGGGACACGAGCGGCCGCAUUAUGAGAACGGUCUGACGCCGGUCCCUUACGAGCAACCGUAUAAGAGCCGGCGGGAGAGUUCCAUGUUCAUGGGCACCCUCACCCAGCAAUCUUCCAAAAGCCGACUGAGGGAGGAAACGCAUUUGUUUUCUGUGCUACGUUCGUGUCUAUGCUCAACAGCCGAACCCCCACAGCAUCUGAGCCCAGAGAGCCAUCCACAACAGACGCAAGCGCAGUCACAGCCGCAGCAAACACUGGCCCCAUCGCCGACGCCGACGCCAACACCCGCAGCAUCCAUGCAAACAAAACAACACCAACAACCGGGUCCCAGCACGCAUUCCAUCACCUCUCCCGCCGCUGCAUCUUUUUCCUUCUCCCCGCAAACGCCAAACCCACCAACACCCGCCGCGAUCGAUUCCAACGUCUCCUCUCCCGUCUCCGUCUCCGUCCCCCCUCAAUCUCGCGUCCCCCGGGGCCAAGUUCAAGGCAAUGAUGGCCAAACCCUGACAGACUCAAACUCCUCCUCCGCCGUCUACAACAACGACCAUGAUCAUGAUCAUGACGAACAACACCAAUCCCCUCGAUCCUCCACCUCCACCACCCUUCUUCUUCCCCAUGGCACUACCACCACCACCACCACCACCAUCACAGCAGCACAACAGGAAGCGAAAAAGCCCCGCGCAUGCGAGUCAUGCCGCGCCCUCAAGGUCCGCUGCGACCCGGACCCCUCGGCAGGCGGAGACCCGGACAACGCCCCCUGCAGGCGCUGCGUCAAAGCCAAGCGCCAGUGCGUCGUCACCCAGCCGACGAGGAAAAGGCAAAAGAAGACGGAUAGCAGAGUCGCCGAGUUGGAAAAGAAGAUUGAUGCCCUCACCGCCAGCCUGCAUGCCACCCGCGGUGCGGCUCCUCCUCCUCCCGGGCGUGUUGAGGAGAGUGUUCGGGGUGCGGGUGGUAGUGGCGGUGGUGGUGGUGAUGGUGGUGAUGGUGGAGGUGGUGGCGGGGUAGAGAAUUCCCCGCAGAGGAGGGGGAUUCUAACCAUGCCCCUCGCCGUUGAGUUGUAUGCUCGGUAUACCAAUCACAUGUGCCAGCACCUACCUGGCGUCGUCUUCCCGCCUGGCAUGACCGCCGCAGAGCUUAGGGCGACAAAACCGAUCCUGUUCAUGGCCAUCAUGGCUGCCGCGUCGUCCGAGAUGCCCGCCCUCCAACGGACCUUGACGAAGGAGUUGAUGCAAGUGUUUGCGGAAAAGAUCAUUGUUGUGGGCGCUAAGAGUCUCGAGUUGGUGCAGGCGCUCCAAGUCGCCACCAUUUGGUACUGGCCCCCUGAGCGGUUUGAGGAGCUCAAGUUCUACCAGCUGGUGCACGUCGCGGCCGUCAUGGCCAUCGAGAUUGGGCUGGGCCGGAAGAAGCAAGCCAAGGAUGGGUUUAGGAAGCACAUAUCGUUCGCCUGGCGCGACCAUCCGCUCCGCAAGCAGGCCCCGCCAGAUCCCACCACCAUCGAAGCGCGCCGGGCCUGGUUGACUUGCUACUUUCUGGCGACGAAUACUGCCAUGGCUCUGCACCGCGCCAACUUGAUCCGUUGGACGCCUUUUGCUGCGGAAUGCAUGGAUGUCCUGGAGACGUCGCCCGACGCUGCACCCACGGACAAGUACCUGUGUCACCUGGUCUGGACGCACAAGCUCGCUGAGGAGGUGGGCACCCAAUUCUCAAUGGACGAUCCCAUGUCGACGCCGAACAUUGCGGAUCCGCGCACGCAGUAUGCGCUGAGGGGAUUCGAACGGGAUUUGGAGAGGUACAGCAGCGCUAUCCCGGGAGAACUGCUGCAGCCAUCGCUCAGAAUGAGUUUUCAUGUCCUGAGUUUGUAUAUGCAUGAGAUCGUUACGCACGGCGAGUGCGCCGAGGACUGCCGAAUGAAUCCCUCAGGGACACCGCUAAUUGCCACGGACACGCCCCUGACGCCCGCGCAUAUCAACGCUUUGUCAGCCUGUCUCACGGCCAUUGAUGGUAUAUUUGAUGUAUUUUUAUCGCUCGACGUCCACACCAUACGCUGUCUGCCCGUCUUCAAUUUUGUGCGGGUCGCCUACGCUGUCGUCGUCUUGAUCAAGCUGUAUUUCGCGGCAUCAUCGCCCAAGAGUGAGCUGGGAAAAGUCAUUAACAAAGCCAACAUGAAGGUCGAGCAGCAUCUGGACAAUCUGCUCGAAAAGUUCCGCGCCACGGCCGCCGAGGACAGGAGCCGGCCAGCCAUCAAGUUCCUCGUCGUUCUCUUCAUGCUCCGCUCGUGGUUUGAGAAGCAGAAGCAGAGCCAAAGUAGCGGGCUGAAUGCGGCUGCCGUCCCCUCGGCCGAGACACCACCUCCAGCAGCAUCUUACUCCGCCCGGCAGAGCACAGGCGAGAAGGGCACCCCUACCCCCUCAGCGCCGACCCGUCCUCAUCAUCAUCAACAACAACAGCAGCAGCAGCAACAACAACAGCAACAUCAACAGCCACAACCACAGCCACAACAGCCAAACUACACAACCACCACCAGCACCCCGCUCCAGCUCCUCUCAGAAAUCGCAACCAACAACUCAGCCGCAUCAACAACCCUCGCCCCGGGAACAGCUGCACCCCGGCCAACCAGUAGCGCCGACCUCCUCCAGGGCAAUAGCAGCCCACCUUGGCUCAACAGACCCCUCAUGUACGGCGGCGCGCUUCAUCAACAACCCGGCACAACCUCCACCGGCGCUGAUCGCAGCCCACCGGCUUUCAUAGGCGGCAUAGCCCCGCCGCACCAUCAGCCGCCGCCGCAGCAGAGCAUGGCCUCCUCCUCCCUGCCCUGGCUGAACAGUCCCUUGCAUCUUGCCGGCGGCUACCUGGACGGCGCCAUGCUCGGCGACGGCUUCGCGCAGGCCAUGGACCUGACGUUGGGAGGCGUUGUCGACGGGAGUUUCAGCGCUGAGGAUAGCCUGCGGUACAUGGAUGCCAUGGAUCUCGGGUGGUUUCAGAUGGGCGGCGGUGGUGGUGUUGUGGGCAUGGAUGCUGGGGGGUUUGUGGGUGGUGCCGCUGCCGGGCACGGGGUCGGGGUCGCGGAGGAUGUUGGUCAUGGUACGAACGGGUUUGGGUUUCAGGGCUAA